AUGCCACCACCCAAAAAGGUUGACAAAGGGAUCGUUUCCCUCGACCGGGAAACUCCCAUUCAGGAGGAGGUCAAACCGCUGAUAGAAGACAUCCUGAGGACAAAGUAUUGCGUUCAGGGGUCGGUGUUUCUUGUGGAGGGGAUCGACACGGUGAGGGUGGUUGGUGGGGCGGGGAAGAUGGUGAGGUUGCUGUUGGGGGAUGGGAAGCUGGUGAUUCAGGGGUUUGUGAAGGGGGUUAUGCACUGGGUUGUGGAGGGGGGGAAGGUUUUUGAGGGGGGGUAUGUCAGGUUGGAUAAGUUUGAGGUGGUUGAGAUCGAGGGGGAGAGGGUGCUGGUGAUUGGGGAUUUGAGGAUUGUGGGGUGGGAUGAGGGGUAUUUGGGGGUUUUGAGGGAGGAGGGCAGGGAGGUUAAGGAUGUCGGGGGGCUGAGAGAGGGGGGAACGGGGGGGGAAAGGUUGUUUGGGUUGGAGAGGAGGGUCAGGGAGAUGGAGGUUAGGAGGGAGAGGGAGAGGGAGACGGAGGAGGAGGAGAGGAGGAGGGAGGAGGGGAGCAGAGAGGAGCUGGAGGCUGAGGUUGUCGAGCAGGAAAAGCAGGCUGUUGAGCGGGAGUGGGAAGAAGAGGCGAAGAAGGAGGAGGAAGAUGAGGGUUGCACCUCUGAGUCGGACUAUGAUGAUGAUGGUUUUGAACAGAUGGUGAUAUCGACCGAGAGGGCUACCCAGAGGAGGGUCAUGGCUACCGCAUACACCGGCACAAGCGUUAAUAACACCACGACGCCACAGCGACCACCGGUGUUCAAGCAGCAAUCGAUUCAACAUCCACAAGUCCAGUUGCCUCCCCCCUCUCGCCAGAUAUUAACUCCUAGAACACCUCAGCCUCGGCCGCCUAUCAAACCCCAGGAAAACACCACACCGAAACCGCUUCCCUGGCUUGCCAGCGAUCCGACUCAACCCCUAAAGCUCACACCCCUCAGCCAAAUCCCAUAUUUACCCUACAAACAAAACUGGAUGAUCAACGUUCUCGUUGUUGUCACCCAACUCGGAGAAACAGAAUCGUGUCCGUAUCCUCCCUUUGUUCAAAGGCAGGCUAGCGUCAUUGAUCAGAGUACACCACAUAGGCACAUACACUUGACAGUAUUCUUGGAGCCAGCCGGGUUUGAGCCGAAGCUAGGCGAGGUCUACCUUUUGCUGGGUGUCAAGAAUCACAAGUUUGAUGGGGGUAGCUUGAAGAAGUAUGCGAGUGACAAGCCCAAGGGGGGUGGGAGGUGGUGGGUGGAGGGACGAGGGUUGGGGUGGUGUAAAGGGAUGGUGAAGGAGUUGGAGAUCUGGUGGGCUCAGCAACAGGGGGGUGUUGUUGGGGAGGAGGGUUGA